UAUUGCCGCGGUCAUGGAAACGUAAGAAAACAUAAACACAGUGAAAAUUCCGGUCGAAUUCUCAGAGACCGAGUGAAAAACAAGACAAAUUUGGAGCAAAAUGGAUUCAGCGUAUACAUCCAUCUUUAAAAUUGAUGGGGAACCCAUUUUACCGCCUCUUAUGACUGAGGCGGUCAGGCUGGAGAUGAGGCAGUAUAGAGAGCAGGCAUUGAAGCUGGAAGAGCGCCUAAAGCACAUGAAGGAACUGUCCAAGAUGAAUAGCAGUGCUCUGGAUUCGACUCAGGACAAUUUGGAAGAUCCUGCUCAGGGAUAUGUUACCUGCAAAUCAUUUGAUUCGACAUCUGAUCUGUUGACUGAAGUUGAAAUUAUCGUGAAUGAUGGAAGAGAAUCUCCACUGUUUGUGCCUUCGAAAGAGGACAGAAAUGCCAACAAGGAAUCCGAUGAUCUCACUGAUCUGACAAUUGAGGAAUUGGCAUCAAAUUUGUCUAUAUCUGAGCGAUCAAUUCCUCCGAUUGAUGAUGAUAAGAGUGCCUUGAGUGUGCCUGUGUCGCCUACCGACAAAGAGAAAGAUGAGGGAGAGGAAGUGCCUUUUCCUCGGCUAGUCAGGUCGAAUUCCUACACGCUUGAUGCUCCAAGUCCCCAUCUAGCUGAUUUUCUGAAGAAACCUUCUGGAAAGCAAUCUCCAAUUCCAAUGAUACCAGCCAGGAACACUCUAGACCUCAGGAAGGUGAAGAGCAAAGUAGAUUCACGCUUGGUGCACUCCAAAACCAAAAAAGUCCCCUCAAAGGCAGGGCUUAAGAGAGUUUUGGGAAGUCCUUCAUCUUCGCAGAUUUACAAGUGCCCGAAAUCUUCAGUGCUUGGCAAGCUAAAGACCCUGCAAGUGUCCAAAGAGACGAAAACAGCAACGGUCAAGGCGCCUGAAACAAGAGAACCUCCGACAGAUGAUAGGAAAGAAGCGAAAAUACCAGAUGUCUCCAUUCCUCAAAACCAGAGUGAUAUUUCAGAGUUUCUUUUGAAGAUUGAGGCCGAACACAAGGUUCGAAUGCAGGAGUUGUUGGAUAUUCAACGUGAAGAGCAGAGGAGAUUCAGAGAAACCUUCAAUGAGCAACAGAAGCUUCUUCUCGAUUCAUUGAAGAAAACAUUCCCAGAAAUUUCUCUCCCUGAAGACUCCAAUGGGAAUGAGGCACUUAUGCCUUCGGACCAGGAAGAGAGCGAGGAUAGUAUGCAGGUGCAGUCCUUCUCCAGUCCGCAGACGCGACAAGACUCCCUGGAUCGUGUCACGCAGGUCUUUCUGAAGCAGCAUCUCACGCAAGUGAGGCUGGAGAGCGAUACUCUGUCCCCACGCAGUCAGAAGGCCGCUUCUGUGAUCAACGCGCACGUCAGAGGAUACUUGGUGAGGCGUCUGCUGCGCACAGAGCCUGUUCAGCAGAUCAUUCAGACCUUCCACGACACUUGUGUCUUCCUCAGUCAGCUGCACCGUGACUCUCAGAACAAAAACUCCAAUCCCACUGAUAUUGAGCUGAAGAGGAGACUUCUGCAGCAGCUUCGUUCGUCUCUCGGAUCUCUUCAUGGUGUUUUCUUUCAAAUGCCAGUGAAGGAGAGAAUGGAUAUCAUCGCCAAGGAUCGCGAGAGUAUUCGCCAACGCCUUCAGCGAGCGACUCAGCGUCGAUCUCAGAGUGCAGAUUCUCGAAAAUCCCAUCAGCAGCUGAAUAAGAUGAAAAUCGUUGCUCUGUAA